AUGUUGGCAGGCCUCGAGAAUAUGAUGAAUGUGUCAUUGGGUUCCAUUCAAGCUACAAAAACUUUUGGAAAUCGAGCAAACUUAUGUGAGGUCUUGCGUCUUGAUGCAGGACUAUAUCUUGCUUGCGUGCCCAUGACGACGGUGGAGGCCCUGUCUGGAGAGCCCGCUCAUUUACCCUGCGACAUCGGCACCAGCGAGCAAGGCGAUCAUGUUAUCCUGGUGCUUUGGUAUCGCGAAGACAUGGGCACACCCAUCUACAGUGUGGAUGUGAGAGAUCGAGAUCUAUCAGUGGCAGAAAGAUGGUCAGAUGACGCGGUUUUUGGCAGUAGAGCUUAUUUCCUGGCCGAGCGCUCACCAGGGCAAUUGGCCGUCGAAAGAGUGAGACCUGCGGACGCUGGACUUUACAGGUGUAGAGUCGAUUUCAGAGUUGCUCAGACCAGGAAUAGCAAAGUGCUGCUCAGUGUUGUAGUGCCUCCUCAUAGAAUUGUUAUAAAAGAUGAAGCAGGCGUGGACAGAGCCUCAGUCGUGGGACCCUAUAAUGAAGGAGAUUCGCUCACGUUGACUUGUCACGUAUUUGGAGGUUCUCCGUUACCCCGAGUGGCUUGGUAUAGAGAUGACACUGCUCUAACGACAGCAAGCAGGUCCGCAACAGGGUCUGGGGGACCUUCGUCGGAAGUCAGGGCUGAAUUGCAUAUACCAUCUUUAUCUAGGUCGGAUUUACAUAGCGAAUUAAGUUGUAGAGCCAGUAAUAGCAACAGGACGCAGCCGACGAUAGCAACAGUCCACCUUGAUAUGAACUUUCCACCUCUGGACGUGCGCAUAUUGGGUGCAAAUCAACCGCUAUCUGCUGGAAGAAGAUACGACUUGCUGUGUCAAAGUGCGGGUUCUAGACCACCUGCUAAACUUACCUGGUGGAGAGAUGGCCAAAGACUCGAUAAAACCAAAGAAACUACCUCAAAUAACGGUAACCAAACAACAAGCACAUUGUCCUUCUUGGCCAGUAAAUCUGAUGCUGGUAGCAGACUCACAUGUAGGGCGGAAAACCCUUCAGUUCAUCAAGAACCUAUUGAUGAUAGUUGGAGGUUACAAAUACAAUAUCUUCCUGAAACUGAGGUAAAACUCGGAACCAAUUUAGAUCCUAAUGUGAUUCGCGAAGGUUCUGAUGUAUACUUUGACUGCAAGGUGGACGCGGUACCACCUGUGUACAAAGUCGAAUGGAGAUAUAAUGGUCGUCCUCUGCCUCACAACGUCGGCCAAGGUGUUAUAAUAAGUAACCUGUCACUGGUGCUGCAGGGCGUCAGUCGCACGACAGCCGGAAACUACACUUGCGUCGGAUUCAACGCCGAAGGGGACGCGCCCAGCAAACCGUUCCAGCUGAACGUUCUAUUCGCGCCAACCUGCAGACCAAACCAGCCUCGUGUUCAUGGAGUAGCAAAACAGGAGCGCGCACGUGUCAGAUGUUCAGUGGAAGCAAAUCCACCACAAGUAACUUUUCGAUGGACAUUCAAUAAUUCGGCUGAAAGCAUUGAAGUUGCAGCAGCCCACGUUGCCAGGGCCAGAAGUGAAGACACUGUGGUGACCUACACUCCAGUAACCGAACUAGAUUAUGGUACACUACUCUGUUGGGCCACAAAUAGCAUUGGCAGCCAAAGAGUUCCCUGUGUUUAUCACAUUAUUGCAGCUGGUCGUCCUGACCAAGUCCACAAUUGUACUGUAACAAACGUGUCUUUGACAUCUCUAACUGUUCGUUGUUCUGCUGGAUUUGAUGGAGGUCUUCCUCAAUCUUUUCUAUUAGAAGCAAGAGAUUCGGGAACUUUAACGACAAGGGCAAAUCUCACUUCUCCAGUGCCCAGAUUCGCAGUUGCUGGUCUAAAUCCUGGUGGAAGGUAUUUAAUUGGAGUAUAUGCUUUCAACGCCAAAGGUCGUGGAGAACCUGUAGUAUUACAAGCUGCAACCCUCAGACUACCCGAAAAGCAAUUAACUUCAGAAAAAGAACCGCGUAGAAAUAUAUUCUUCCGGAUGACUCCAGCUUUAUCGCUAACAAUUGGGGCUAUUCUUGCAAUAAUAACAGUAGCACUUUUAGUAGCAGCUAUGCUGAGACUUCAGAGGCGUUGUCGUGGUGGUGUUACUGGCGGUAUUGACGGAGCAGCCCCAAAACAUGGUGAGCCAGCUUCUCCUGGGCCAAGUGACAAAAGUGACACCAUGACCAGUGGUGGUGGUGUUCAUGCCGCCCUUUUAAUGACUGCCACUGGAGGCAAAGACGCCAAUGGCGGUGGAGCGGGCGUUGCUUGUCCAGAUGAUGGUUUAGCGGGCGGUGGUGACGAACGGGGACCUGAUGUUGUGGCGGAUGCUGAAGCCGACGAGCAGGCAGAGUUUCUGCGUCGCCAACCCACUGUCGCAACGAUAGCUGCUCCAAGAGGCGGCUCGCCAGUGAUUAGUCAAUGUUGUAGAAUUGGAGGCAUGAAUAUGAAUAUUCCUCCGAGUCCAUUGCAAAGGAUACCGCCAGGAGAACAGCAUAUGAUUCUAAAUAAUCAAACGUUGUACCCAGCGCGCGCCAUCCCCCGGCACAUGUGGCCGAGCUACGGCGGCGGCGUAGCGGGUGUGACCAACAUGUACCACGGACCGCCGCCUUCCCAUGUGAAUGCGGUCACCAGUAUACCAAUGCGACCUCUGCCUAGAAAUUCAAUUUCUAGGCCAAUGACGAGCCUGACGGAAGAAGACAAUUCGUCCGAUCUGUCUAACAUAGUCAAAAGAGAAUCAACGGUCUGA